GGGGCUCGUGUCCGGAAAGGAUGCAGUGUGUUGUUCACGAUCGGAUAUGGGUCUAUCACGAUAUAGUGCUGGUGAAGGGACUUGAUUCAGGCUGCACCGUCGGAAACGUCAAGGACAGGCAAAGUGAACGAGUUGACUGGUAUCCCCGGGGCCAACAUGGAGGUCGUGAUAUUUUUCGUUAACAACAGCCGCGAGCGUUCCAGCACGGCGGACGACAGCUCUUCCGCAGGGGCUAGCAGCACUGGAGGCAGCAGGGGCAGCGAGAGGAGGCCCAAGUCAAGGGAACAAGGCCCGAUAUCUCUUUGCCUCUGGACUCCGGCUAAAUCUGGUAGGGAAAAAAGGUUUCUCGUGACCGUGGCCGCGAAUCCGGCGUAGAAACAGGCACCCCGCAGCAUCACCUCCGGUAGUUGUGUUCAUGAAGUAGGUUGUAAGAGGAAAUAUAGCAAAGGUCAACAACUAGAGCGAAUUUUUCCUGAAAAAGAUUUCACGGGCAUUCGAAGGAAAAGUAACCUGAACACUACUCUGAACGCGUGACGUAAACUGCGUAAAGACCGCGUGAAGAGGUCGGAA